AAUUCCAUCACUACAUCGUAAUCACAUUUCUCUCUCUUACCUUAAAUAGCAUUGUUUUACAUAUAAAACUGCUGCGUUGAUCCUUUGUUUCUCAUCACUUGUGUUGUUUCAGCUUGGUUAUGGAGAUGGAAGGGUUAGAUUCCAAUUCUAAUUCCAACUCCUAUUCUAGCUCUGCCCAGAGCAACAUAGCCAAGGGCAAACGCACCAAAAGGAUGAGGCUUUUGUCCCCUUCUGGUGUCGUCGUUGUUACCACCGCCGCCACCACUGGGGUCACCACCAGUUGCUCAAGUCCUAACUCCGGUGGCUCCUCCACCACCACCUGUGAGAGCGAAGAAGAAGACAUGGCAAAUUGUUUGAUUCUCUUGGCCCAAGGAGGGGAAUCUCACUCUCAUCAACCUCGUCAUCACAGACAACAAGUUGAAGAUCAUAACGGUGUCAAGACAGCAAAGGGUAACGCUAACACCAUCACCACCACCGCAACAACCGCAGUUGACACCAAAGUCGGUUUCUUUAUUUAUGAGUGCAAAACGUGUAACCGAACAUUCCCUUCGUUUCAAGCACUGGGUGGACACAGGGCGAGUCACAAAAAGCCAAAACUUUCGCCUGAAGAGAAAAAACCACCACCCUCUCAAUCGCCACACGUGGCUGUUACAACCUAUGAUCGGUUCGAAGAGGAUAACGUUAAAAGCGGUCCUCCGAUUUCCCUUCAAUUGGGUCACGGCAACAACAAGGGCAAGAUUCAUGAAUGUUCCAUCUGCGGUUCGGAGUUCUCAUCAGGACAAGCAUUGGGUGGACACAUGAGGAGGCAUAGGUCAUCGACAAACACCAACACUGUUGACACAUCAAGUUCUAACACCGUCAUCGGCGUGGCAACCACUGUUUCGCCGCCGCGGAACGUCUUGGAGUUGGAUCUUAACCUCCCGGCGCCGGAGGAUGAUAUCCGGGAGGCUAAGUUUCAAUUUCCGGUAACAACUCAGAUGCUGGUUGGUACUCCGGCUUUGGUAGAUUGUCUUUAUUAGAGAGCAGGGUGGGGAUUGGAAUUUGAAAGAAUUAUUAUUUUGAUAUGAAUGUGAAUUAUUAGUGUUAUUUUUAAUUUACAAUUAUUGGUAAUUAUCGAAUUUUUUGGAUUACUAUUCCUAAUUGGGUUUAUUAAUAAUUUCCAUUUUGAUAUAUGUGAUCGAUCUACUUGUUGAA